AUUUUCCCGCCAUCUUUUAAAUUCCUCUCUCCUGUAAAUCCCAUUGUCCAGUACUCAGAAUUGUUCUGCCUCCCAACCGAUUUCCCCGUCAUGACCGUGGACAAGAUCGAUGUAACCGGUGAUCCGAGGGUCGAGCGCCGCUCGGCAAACCUCAAUGGCAAGACAUACGGCUAUCUCUACAGCGAGCCUGAAUCGGGAGUUUAUCGAGCGACGAUCUUCCUCCUGCAUGGCUUUCCCGACCUGUCCAUGGGAUGGCGCUAUCAGAUCCCGAUGUUGAUUUCCAAGGGCCUCCGAGUCGUCGCCCCGGAUUGUCUAGGAUACGGCAGGACAGAUGCACCUGAAGAUAUCGAAUUAUAUUCUCACAAAAACUGCGCCGACGACAUCAAAGAACUAGCCAUUCAACUCCGAGCGUCAACAAUCAUUCUCGGCGGACAUGACUGGGGUGCGGCCCUUGCCUAUAGAGUUGCCCUCUGGCACCCGGAGCUGGUCUCGCACAUCUUCACAGUCUGCGUCCCGUACGCAGCCCCAACGAGGAAAUAUCUCGCUUUAGAAGAUAUGGUCGACAACAUAGCGCCGCAUUUUGCGUAUCAGCUGCAAUUCCGAAGCGGGGAGCUCGAAGAUAUUGUCUACACUAAGGAAGAUAUUGAGAGAUUCCUGUCUGCGCUGUAUGGCGGUCGGACGGAUGACAGGGAUGUGGCGUUUGAUGCGGAGUAUGGGGUUAUGUUGGACAGGAUGGACCUUGUGCGGCCGUCACCGUUACUGAGCGAGGUAGAACUGGAAUACUACGCCAACGAGUUUUCGAGAAAUGGACUUCGUGGACCAUUAAACUGGUACCGAACCCGCGAGAUAAACUACGAAGACGAGCUCGCCAUCCUCAACCAACGCAUCACAGCACCAUUGCUAUUCAUCCAAGCACUGAAGGACACCGCGCUCCCGCCACAUCUCGGACAAGGAAUGACGCGAACGAUUCCGCAUCUGACAUACAAGCAGGUGAACACUUCUCACUGGGCGUUGUGGCAGGAGCCAGAAGAGGUGAAUGAGAUCAUUGCGUGGUGGUUGAAGGAGGUGGUGUUCAAGAGUAUGAGAUUGUCAAGAUUGUAAGCGUUGUAUAUGUGGACAGCUUUGUAUGGGUAUCUUGUACGGUUUUGUGCAUCUGUAUGGCAUGUUCUGUUCCUGGGCUUUCGGUUUCGUUGGGCGCGAUUGUGAGCUAUUUUGGUUUAUUUGGAUAUGAUCUGAAACAAAAGUGGUCCUCGAACACGGGUGAGGCCGAUGCAUCCAUUCUUUUCCAUAUCUUGCCUAUAGACAGGGACGAGCUUCUACUCGAAGCGGUGAGCCAUGCACUUACUAUUAGGCAAGCGAGUAACUCGACUCCGGGACUCCAAGAAGACUGUCAGUCAAACAAUUUGAAAUCCCCGUCGCACUGUCAGGCUCUCUCGAAUCUCAACCAUAAU